GUUUACUCAAUAUUCAAAAUGAGAAAACAUUCGCUUUUUGAAAGUAACAAAAACGACGAUUUGAAACGCGGUUCACAGAACUGGUUGCUUCAUGCACGCUAUGUUCGUGGUGAACACGCAAUGUGUUUGGAGCUGGCAGAAAAGUUGCAGAAAGAAACUAACAAUUCUCACAGAUACGCUCAUUUUAUAAAGGGUGCAGUGUUGGCUGACGCGGGCAGGUUGCAGGAGGCGGUGGAUAAGUUCCACAGCUGCAUACGUUUGCAUCCACAGGAUCCGGAGCCGCUAAAGCAAGUUGCCAAGUGCCUGUAUCGACAAGGCCGUUUUCAAUUAGCACUCGAGGCUUACCUAGAAGCUGAUAAACUGUCGAAGCAUCCAGACCCAGAAAUAUACUGCGCUUUAGCCGAAUGUGCAUGGAGUUUGGGUGACGCAGAGCACGGGAUAGAAUGGGCGCGCGCAGGGGAGAGUGCGGGGGGUGGGGAGAGAGCCGGAGCGCUGCUCGCCAAGCUGCUGCAGAAUGUGGGAGACCUGAGCGGGGCUCUGGCGGCGUAUGACCAUGCUUUGACAACUCACGCUUGCACAGCAGACACCCUGGCAUCAGCGGGUGCGCUGUGUCUCCGCGCUGGGGACCCUCGCAGAGCCUUCCAGCUGCUAGGCGAAGCUCUCUCCCUGCAGCCCAUGCAGCACGCUGCAGCGCUGACACUAGCUGCAAUGCUGCUGCAGCAUAGAGACGUGGACGCUGGACUGGCGCGGCUUAAAGCGGCUUUAAGCGCUCAUCCGACGUGUGUCGCGGCUCACUCUAAUCUCGGACUCGCUUUGUUAACGAAGAAGAAGUUUGUUGCGGCGCUAACAUGUCUGCAGCGCUCAGUAUGGGCGGCUCCACUGAGCGCCCGCGCCGCCCACAACCUGGGCUACGCGCUGCUCAUCUGCAGGAGACCUGCCUCCGCCUUCUGCAGACUGGCUUCUUCUGCUGCACUCAAGCCGCAGCAGCAUUAUACUGUAUUACUCAUAGCGAUCGCCCUUGAGCGUUUAGGAGACAGCAGAGCCGAUGCUGCCUACAAUCGAGCUGCAACUCUGGCACCACAUGACCCUCUGAUCAGACUCAACUUGGCUGGCAGACACGCUAGAGUUGGCAGAUUGGUUGACGCGGUUGAAGAGGCUAGAGUGGUCGCAGAAUUGCUACAGAGAGCACCAGACGCCCAGUUAGCCAGUUCUCUGGCAACGCUAACGGGAUUGCUCCGUGAUGCUGGAGUUGAUUUAUCUCAAACUCCUACAAACUCUGAUGAAGCAAAAACUCAGGGGACUACAGAAUUGGAACCCGACGAAGUUUAAAUAAAU